CCGAGGAGAAGCGUGUGCGAUUACCAGAUUUAAUUUAAUAUUUUCCAACAGCAAUCAAGCGGAAUAUACACCCCUAUAGACAGUCUUUAGCUAUCAGCAGCGAUCAUCGACUUUACAACGUAAUUCAUCUAAAUUAAUUGAGAAUUGAACUCUAUAGACUAAAUAGGUCAAUCAAAGCAAACCCAAAAUGGCCCUGUCCAAGAUCGAGUCCGAGAUCGAGGAGGUUGACCAGGAGAAGUACCUGCGCCAGGCUACCAGUUAUUACUGCGCCCUGGAGAAGCCCCUGAAGUACGGACCCGCGGUGGACUCCCUGACGGACUUGGUGGCCGCCCUUCACCGGGAGUUCGAGUCCAACUACGUCAACAUCGAGAUGGUGAAUCACCUGAUGCUCACCUACAAGUCCAAUCCGCGGGAGUGGCGCAAGUACGCCAAGUUCGAUCGUUAUACGUACACCCGGAACUUGGUGGAUGCUGGCAACGGAAAGUUCAAUCUGCUGAUCCUCUGCUGGGGCGAAGGACAUGGCUCAUCGGUGCACGACCAUGCCGACUCCCAUUGCUUCAUGAAGAUGCUGAAGGGGGAUCUGCGCGAGAAGCGCUAUGAGUACCCCAAUAGAACUGCCAGGGACACCGGCCGAUCCCAUCAUCCCGAUGGCGAGAUCGAUAGCCGGGAGCUGGUGGAGAUCGGCGAGACACCCAUCGCCGUCAAUGAUGUGGCCUACAUAAAUGACAAUCUGGGCCUGCACCGCGUGGAGAAUCCCAGCCACUCGGACACCUCCGUCUCCCUGCACCUCUACUGUCCACCCUUCGACACGUGCUCCGUGUUCCAGGACAACCUGAAGAAGACCACCGCCAAGGUGACUUUCUGGAGCAAGUACGGCGUGAGGACGAAGCAAAACGAGCAGUAGACCCAGCCAGAUCCCCAAAAAUAUAGUUGCUCGUAUUGUUGCAUAUUACUAA